AAAAAUCUUCUAUAUAUACAAGGAUCUCUUUGAGGAGCAUUAAAAUUUGUAUCCAAAUGUGGAACCAAGAAAUUGUGAUAUGCAAUAGUAGAAAAAAAAUGGGACUAACUGUUGAAUCCUAGAACAGAGCUGUGAUGGAAUCGGAUUAUAUAAUUUCAAAGUUUCAUUUACACUAUCAUAGAUCUUCUGUUUGUGGCUUUUUCAACGAAGUGAGAAUUGGUAAUGGGGAUUAUAUGGGCAACAACAGAGGAGUUGGCAAGGAAUAGGGGAAAGGUUCUCUCUCUGUAUCGCCAGAUGCUUAGGAGUCUUAACUCUCCUUCUCUGCGGCUAAGUUGGUUGCAGAAGAAAGCUGAGGCUCAGUCCAUAUUUCUUCUGGGUGCGGACGAGCGAUCCAGACACAACAUUGAGGACCUCAUCGACGCUGCAGAACACACCCUCUCCCUUUUGAAGAAAGGGAACUCCCAAAACACAUCCAAGUCUAAAAUUAUGUAUUGCGAGAUGGUUAGAACUAAUGAUUGUUUUAUUUUCAGAUGGAAUAUGUUCUUCAUGCUCAAAAUUUCCUUUCUUUCUGAUUAAUUUUUUUUUUAUUUUUUAUUGUAUAUUAUUGGUUCGUAAAUUAUGAAAGGACUGACUUGUUAAUUAGUUACUCAUUUUUCUUCUUCUACUUCAAUUUAGAGUUAAUUAUUGAAUUUCUGUUGGAUCGUGCUUUACCAAAA